AUGACAGACGCUCGACGAGACAGCACGAGUAGUCAUCAUGGCGAGAAAAUAACAGCUGAUAAAAACAAGGCUACUCCACCACUGCAACCACUUCAGCCAAUAGCACCUUCUUCCACAAACACCACACAAGCGAGUUCUCCUUCAAAGUCAACAACGAGUCCUCAUUCUGCGGUGCCACCUACCAAACGACGCAAAGUGUCCAUUGCUUGCCAUGAAUGCAGAACACACAAGACAAAGUGUGAUGGAGCGCAGCCAAUUUGCGGAUCUUGCCGGAAAAAGAAGCUACCCGAAGAUGCUUGUGCUUACAGCCCUGAGCGUGGAAGAAGAGGUGUCAAAAAUCAGUAUGUGCAAUUACUGGAAGAUAAGGUCAAAGAGCUGCAAAAAGCUAUCGGUAAAUCGCAAGAGCAGCAGAAACCCAGCGUCAUUCAGCUGCCUCCUCUCACCGCCUCCAUGGUGCCCUCUAUGGAGAAUCGAUUGAUACAACAGAAUCACUUGAAUAUUCCAAGCUCUCCAUCAGACAACAACAUGACACCGCGGCCACUGCGCUUGAGCACUGCUGCCAAUGCACCUACAAUUACUGCUACGGCUAGUCCUUGCAGACACACAGAGGGAAGUAUCCAAUCAAUCAUCACACCAACAUCCACUGCAGAUUGGCAGCAACCUGUCCAGCACUCACCCUCGCCAUCGCAAGAUGCAGUUUCAACCCAUGAUCCACAACAGGAGGUCUCUGCAAUAGAUGCUAUGGGAGCAGUGACCAGUGAUAGCAACAAUCAAAGCGAGAAGGAACUGACCCGAGAUCAUCACGGGCAAGGGUAUUUUGGCUCAUCGAGUGCAGGUCGUUUCAUGAGGCAGCUUCACGAUGUGAUCGAUAAAAAGACUUCGUCUGCGUAUCCCUCCAAUGGCAGCAAUCAUUCCCAAGGCUCGCCCAGCUCAAUCAACUCUACAAUUCGCUCCAAUUCGGUGCAGCAACCACCACAGCGUAGGUUCUCGACCACUGAUUUGCUGAGUGACAUUGUGCUGCCUCCUCGAAAGGUAGCUGACGGGUUACUCGAGAGCUACUGGGUGUAUGUGCACACACUGUAUCCAUUUCUGCACAAACCGUCGUUUCUCAGGACAUACUCACUACUCUGGGAUCAAUCAUCCACUGGCAGCAGCACGGCAGAUGAUCCCUACGACUUGUAUGAGUCUGAAAACGAGCCUUUAUUUCAGUGCACAUUGAAUCUGGUGUUUGCUUUGGGAUGCCAGUUAUCGCCAGACACAAAUGAAAAUGAACGAGAGGUGGCAUCGGAUGUGUUCUUUCAGCGAUCCAAGCGAUUGCUACAUUUUGAUAUUUUGGAGGCAGGCAACAUCAAGGUGGUGCAAGCGCUGUUGUUGAUGGGCCAGUAUUUGCAGUGCACAAAACUACCAGGUCGAUGUUGGAUUGUAGUGGGAUUGGCAAUUCGAGUGGCACAGGGCAUUGGGCUUCACCUGGAGCGAAAAUCAGAGAACCAACUGGACAGGGAACUGCGCAGAAGAUUGUGGGGCGGGUGCAUUGUGCUGGACAGAGUGAUCUCCAUGGCGUAUGGAAGGCCCUUCAUGGUUCCCAUUUCCCGUGAUUUAAAACUGCCUCAGGUCAUUGAUGAUGAACUGCUUACAGUAGCCCCUCAUCCUCCAGCAAACCAGCCAGAGUCCAAGCCAAGUCAGAUGGCGUUCCUAGUGCACACGAUCAAACUAUAUGAAAUUAUGGGCGAAAUCUUGCUGACACUGUAUUCGGAUGGAGAUACAUUUGGUGGAGCAGUAGAUCAUGCCUCUCCCUCUGCGAGAUCAGAAAUCGACGGGGACAACUUGGCUACCAGCCUCAAUUCAAUACUCAAGUUAGAGAUGGCCCUUUGUUCUUGGAAGCAGGAUCUUCCGCCUUUUUUGCAGCAUGACCAGAGCAGGGAUGCUAUCUUUCGGAUGGAGAAGGAUGAGAACGAGGCGAAAAAGCUACUGAGGCAGUGCAACGUAUUGAAAGCAAGAUACCUUCAUGUAUGUAUUCUUCUGUAUCGUCCUUUGCUGGUAUUCUACUUUACACUGGAGGAAUCAACGAAUCAUCAGCACAGCACCUCAGAUCAGACCUCUGCCGCUCAUACAGCCACUGAUUUGCAGCGAUCGCUGUUUGUACAAAGCUCUCAAAAAUGUGUCCUGAUAGCUCAGGAUCUUAUCAAGACGAUUAGUCACAACAUCAAAGCCCAAUUGCCUGCUUGGUGGUACAGCAUAUUCUAUCUGUAUACAGCAGCGACUGUGUUAUUGAUGGCAAGGUUGUUUCCCAAAAUAAGAGAUGUGAUAGGCGAAGAGUCAUUAUUAUUGAGCUGGAACGAGUGCUUACGGUGUAUGGGUGAAUAUCAGCAUUACAGCGCGUCUGACAAGAAAUGCUAUAGCUAUCUAUCUGAAUUAGAGCAUCAUGUUUGGGCAGCAACCCACGAUCAACAGGACAAGAACACAUCUACCAUGAUGUCUAGUAUACAAAUUCUAGGUACCUUGUCGCAAAGACAGCAAAUGAGUGGACAAAUACAGCUACAAGAGCUGCCUGUACAAAACCAGUAUCCUCCUAGCCAGCAACAGCAGCAACAGCAACAAACACAGCAUGCCACUGAGUAUACCUUCAAUGAUAACAACAGCAACAUUGAAAAUUGGGAUUUCGAUCUCAUGCAACAGGACAUGUCUUGGUUAGGCCGUUUACCUGUGUAUACUGAUUUGGAAUCAGAAUAUCAGAAUUCAUUGAAUGGCCAUGGAUGGGGAGGCUUCUCCUUCUUGUAA